AUGCCAAUGGCUUUCGGCGGUCUGCUUUUACUUAUGCUCGGGACAACUUGCCUUAAAGAAGGGAGCUCUACACCAAUUUAUCUACAGCAAGGUUCUAAAUGUGGGCAGAAAGUCCAGGAUAAAAAUCCAUGGGAUUCCUUUCAGUCUGUCUCUCGGAUUGUUGGUGGGAACCAGGUGCAGCAAGGUUCACAUCCAUGGCAGGUCUCCUUGAAAAGAAAUAACCAACAUUUCUGUGGAGGAACCCUUGUUUCUACUCAGUGGGUAAUCACGGCAGCUCACUGUACUAUAGGCAGAAUCCUGAUACGUGUACUGACUGUCACUGCUGGAGAACAUGAUCUGAAGACGAAAGAUGAGGAAGAGCAGAGCCUACGUGUAAAAUACAUAAUCAGACACCCAAAAUUUAAUACGAAGAUGCCAAUGGAUUAUGACAUUGCCCUUCUGAAAAUGGAUGGUCACUUUAAAUAUGGUUCAACGGUUUGGCCGGUAUGUCUUCCUGAUCCACAGGAAAAGUUUGAUCCAGGAUACAUAUGCAUCACCUGUGGCUGGGGUCGUCUAAGAGAAAAUGGAGUCCUCCCUGAAGUCUUGCAUGAAGUGGAGUUGCCCAUCUUAGAACAGACUGAAUGUUCUAGAGUGUUGUCAACUUUAAAGAAGCCUGUUCGAGGUGAUACCAUAAUGUGUGCUGGGUUUCCGGAUGGAGGAAAGGAUGCUUGCCAGGGGGACUCUGGGGGAUCUCUGGUGUGCAACCGUGAACGUGGUUCAUGGACACUGAUUGGGGUGACCUCAUGGGGUAUAGGAUGUGCUCGCAGUUGGAUGCAUAACCUGAGGAAAAAGUAUGAUAGAAGAGGAACUCCGGGAGUUUUUACAGAUCUUACUAAGGUGCUCCCUUGGAUUCAACAACAUAUGGACGCCGAUGUCAAAAUGAAAAGUUCUACAGCAUCAUGCAGCAUUCAAGAUGGUAAGCUUCCCGACAAUGAAGGAAAACUGCUUUUCCCUGAACAUCCAAAGCGUUUUUAUCAGGACAACCAGCUGUGUGUUUGGACUGUGCUGGUCCCAGAAAGAAGGCAUAUACUGCUGAAUUUUUCCCGCUUUGAUGUCGAGCCAGAUGUAUUUUGUGACUAUGAUUCUUUGUCGGUGAUUUCUACAGAUGGUAGGCUCAUAGGGAAAUUCUGUGGAAUGGACCCUCCAUUACCCAUUUUGGUUGGCUCCAAUAGUGUAAGACUAAAAUUUGUCUCUGAUAACAAGGAACAUAGAACAGGAUUUUCCAUCAUAUACCAGGCUAUUGAGCCAGCUACUCUUCUAGAUUCUGGCUGUGGAUCUUUAGCAAUUCUCUUUGAAGAAGGAUCAGUCCAAAGCAUGAACUACCCUGAGGCAUACAGUAACCUGGCAGAUUGUCAAUGGAUUAUUCAUGCUCCAGAGAACUAUGUGGUCAAGCUCAUAUAUGAACACUUUGAAUUGGAGGAAAAUGAGGAGUGCAGUUAUGACUCAGUGACAGUCUAUGAAAAUGUUGCAAAGGAGAAUGAAAUAGCACGGUCAUGUGGAUUUGCUGUCCCAGCACCAGUUGUGAGUUCUUCUAGUACUAUGUUGAUUUGGUUUCAUUCAGAUGAAACAGAGACCUUUGGUGGAUUCAAAGCCAGAUUUGUGUUCAUUGCCGUUGCAGAUUUAAACAUAUCAGAUUCAAGCAGUGAAGUGAUGCUUCCUGAAGAAAUAAGUGACACUACAAAUGGAACUGACAUUCCUGACAGCACUUGUGGAGUGGCAUCAAAUCAGCCCAGGUUCCUCUUCAGUCGGAUAGUUGGAGGCGAGGAGGCUGUACCAUAUUCUUGGCCUUGGCAGGCCAGCUUACAAAUUUUGGGUGAAAACAUCUGUGGGGGAACAGUUAUUACAAGCACAUGGCUGCUCACUGCUGCUCAUUGUUUUAAAGGAAGGGAGCAACACAGAGAUCUUUGGGAAGUGGUGGUUGGAACCCAUGACAUAGAAGACCAAGAACUGAACAGCCAGAAAAGAUCAGUGAAAUGGUACAUGAUACACCCAGAUUUCAACACCGUUACUAUGGAUUCAGACAUUGCACUGGUGCAACUGACUGAGUCUUUAGAAUUCAACCAUUAUGUUCGACCCGUGUGCCUGCCUGAGAAAGAUGAAAAGAUUGAGCCAUCCAGGCUGUGUGUUAUUACAGGAUGGGGUAAUCAGUAUGAAGAUGGAGAAAUAUCAAGAAAACUCCAUCAACUUGAAGUUCCCAUUUUGGUUACUGAAGAAUGUCAGAAAUACUAUGUGGAUCAUCCUGGUGGUCUGAAUAAGCGGAUGUUCUGUGCCGGAUUCCCUGUUGAAGGGGCCAAGGAUGGAUGCACAGGUGACUCAGGAGGUCCGCUGGUUUGUCCUUCAGAAGACUCAAGCUACUACACCCUUAAUGGAAUAAUAAGCUGGGGCUUUGGCUGUGGAAGAAAAGGCUAUCCCGGAGUUUAUACCAAUGUGGCUUCUUUCGCUGAUUGGAUCGGUCAACAUAUAUAUGGAAACAACUCAUCAAACAAAGUAUGAAGAUCUUCAUUGAAGUUAAGCUUUCCAAGACAAGUAAAUGCCAUG